GUAAUUGUUAUAUCGUUUGAAGGCAUUUGGUAAUAACAGACGAAUCUGACGGAGUAAAGAUCUCUCAGAAACGCAGAGAGCGAUCGCAGAGGGGAAAGCGAAGAUGCUGCUCGCAGUUCUCUUCUCCAAUUCGGAAGGCAACAUUCUCGUCGAACGUUUUCAUGGAGUUCCAGCUGAGGAGCGUCUGCAUUGGAGAUCUUUCUUAGUCAAGCUGGGAGCAGAUAAUCUUAAAGGUGCCAAAAAUGAAGAACUCUUUGUUGCUUCACACAAGUCAGUUUAUAUUGUUUACACGGUGCUUGGAGAUGUCUGCAUCUAUGUUGUUGGCAAGGACGAGUAUGAUGAGCUUGCUUUGGCAGAGGCACUCUUGGUUAUAACCUCAUCUGUUAAGGAUGUUUGUGGAAAACCUCCAACUGAGCGCCUGUUUCUCGACAAGUACGGAAGGAUAUGCUUGUGUCUGGAUGAAAUUGUUUUGAAGGGAUUACUGGAGAACACGGAGAAAGAUAGAAUCAAAAGACUGAUAAGGUUAAAGCCACCUACAGAGAUCUGAGAAAGCUUCUUUCCAUCUAUCUACUGCUGACAACAUCAAGUUUGUAGCAUGUAACACAUUCCUCGCAUUUCUGUGCAUUCCUUAUCCGAUAACAAAGCUUUGUAUAUUUAUACUGUGCUGCUGUUCUAUUAAAUAGCAAUCACUAUAAAUUCUCUGUUGCUGAUGAAUAUCUUUUAGCCUUGGAUCUGUAAGAUUUUUUCCUGAUGAUUUAAUUACAUGUGCUUGAUUUGGACCCAUGCUUUGGAAUUGUUGUAUUCUAUUCUUAGGACCUAAUGAUAUGAAGAUUUAGUGAGUUCCACUACAAGU